AUGGAGAGAGACCACAGGACAACUGCCUACAAGAGGUUCCGUGAACUGCUGCCAAAGGAGGAGAGGGAGAACGCCUGCUCCGCGCGCCUUCCCAAGAGCCAGAUCCUGACGUUGCCUGAGCUGCGGGCAAACCCCUUCCAGCACCGGAUCUGCCGGGUGUUCUCCACCUCGGAGGAUGGGGAUGACAGCAUGUCCUUUGAAGACUUCCUUGACAUGCUGAGCGUCUUCAGUGACUCCGCCACCUCCGACAUCAAAUCCCACUACGCCUUCCGCAUCUUUGACUUUGACGAUGAUGGGACUCUGGACAGAAAGGACCUGGAGAAACUGGUGAACUGUCUGACUGGGCAAGGCGAGGACUCCCGGUUAAGCAGUGCAGAGAUGGAGCAGCUGAUCCAAAAUAUCCUGGAGGAGUCCGACAUCGACAAGGAUGGCACCAUCAACCUCUCCGAGUUCCAGCAUGUUGUCUCCCGCUCUCCAGACUUUGCCAGCUCCUUCAAGAUCAUCUUGUGA